GUUAGCGCCCCUCUGCAGGCUCAGCCCCCCGCUCAUGCUCAGCAAACAAACCUGAAAAGAGGCUGCCUGCCCGAUUCUCGUGGUUUUGGAGUCGGUGUCCUUUUCAAGCGAGCCAGAUCAGACCAGAGGCCGACCGACGAGAGACAAGCGACUUGGAAGCUCCUUUGCGCCGGUAUAACUACACUUCAGAGCACGCCAGGCCUGCGCCGCUGUUGCGCCUGCGCAAUUCCGUCCCAGCCGGGUUCACCCAGUCGCGCAAAGACACCGGCAGGGGUGGUCCCCGGAUAAGCACCGAUUGACGAGACCGAAUCCGCUCCCCCUGCCGCCCGACGGACGACGGCCGCCAUGCGCAGCGUUUGGUCGUGUCCGGCCUGCGCCCUGCUGCUCCUCUUCGCGCUUGUCGGAAGGGACGCAUCGGCGGCGCAUGCGGGGCGGGAAUGGAGAGAUGUGCAUUGGGUCGCCAAGGCCCAGGUGACCGCGCACCUGGGGCGCAGGGAUGAAGGGACGUGUCCAAGCGAGUACACGAUGUGCCCGGCCACAUUGAGCGGCGGCUGUUGCCCUUCUCUAUAUGCCUGUGCCACGGACUCGUGUUACGCGACAACAACCGGCCCGACGUCUGCUUGCGGGUCGACAGGGCUUUAUGCUUGUGCGGCCGUGGGAGGGGGAGUGGGCUGCUGUCCCAUCGGCUACAUCUGCGCCGAUAGCGACGCAUGCAUUCCUCCAGCAGGUGUCGCCGCCUCAGACCUACAUUGUCCCAGUGACUACUACCUCUGCCCGUCCUCGCUCAACUAUGGAUGCUGCCCGACCGGAAUGGGCUGUGCGGCAGACGCAUGCUACUCAACCGCCCCGGUAACGACGACCGUCCUUCAGACCGUGACAACGACGUCCGGUACACACACCCUGACCACGACUCAAACGGCUGUAACGGUGGCAACCCCGAGCCCCCCCACGGGCCUGCCAACAGACAACACCAAUGCGGCCGCGAAGUUCAUCCCGACUACCGUGCCAAAAGUCCCCGCGAGCUCCCCAACGAGUGAGCCCAGUGGUGGCUUGAGCGGCGGAGCGAUUGGGGGCCUCAUCGCGGGCGUGGUGAUCCUGUUGAUAGUCGUGGUGGUCGCAGCUUUCCUCAUCAUCCGCCGGCUAAAGCGGGCCGAAGCGGCCUGGGCAUCCAAACAGGGCUCAUCGAGCGGCAAGAAAACCAAGUCGCAGUCCCAGGCGCAGAUGGAGCACUACGGCCGACAGCUGCACUCCGACAUGGACGACAUGAGCGUCGACCCGCUGAUGGUCCACCCCAACGCGAACACCAACGCCUCCGGCACGCCGCAGCCCGGCUUCGACGCAACGCGCGGCCGCUCCGACUCGACCGGCUUUUCCGCGUCCCCGAACGCGUUCCCGCCUUACAUGGACGACCGCUCCCGCCACGCCAGCCCGGACUCCAACGCGGGCCACUUCGACCUGCCCGCCCGCGUCCACAACAUCCCCGGCGGCGCCUCCGCCUACCCGCAGCACCAAUCCCCGAUGCAGCCCGCCCGCAUCCGCAGCAACACCGCCGACAGCGCCAACACCUACCACGGCUACGCCUACCACCACUGGCGCCAGCAGAGCAACGCCAGCGAGCUCUCCGCCGACGGCAGCGACCACGGCGGCGCCCACGCCAGCGUGCUUACCCCCCUGGUCCCCGCCGCCGCCGCCGCCGGCGCCACCGGCCACAUCUCCGAGCUCGAGGCCUCCAAAGGCUUCUUCGCCGAACUGCCCGGCACGCACCACCGCAGCAACAGCGACGACUUCACACCCGCCAGCGGCGGCGGCGGCGGACGAGGAUACGGACACGCCCGGCGGCCGAGCGACGGCUUUCGCCAGCCACAGCAGCAGUCGAUGCCGCCGCCGCCGGGACAGACCAGCCCGACCGUCGGGCUGUCCGGGCUCGGGCUGUCCACGCUCGACGAGGCGGCCGAGACGCAUGGGUACUACGACGGCGCGGGCCAGCAGGCCGGGCAGACGGCUGCUGGGUUCACGGCUGCGCAGGCCGGGUGGGCUGCUGCGGCACAGGGGCAGGCGCAGGGGCAAACGCAGGGGCAAACGCAGAGGCCGGGGCCGGGGCCGGGGCCGGGGUCGGGGCCGGGCACCGGGGCGUGAGGGUGGAGAGU